AUGUUGGGAGUAAGCGAUGCGGUCAUUUGCAGAGCUUUCUUCGCUACCUUAGUCGGUAAGGCGGCCGAAUGGUUCAAGGAUUUAGAGCGGGGGUCGAUCAGAAAUUUCGACCAGCUGGCCGAUAAGUUCGUAAAGCGCUUCGCUGCAAGUAAAUCGAGAAAGAAAUCUUACACUUGCCUGAACAAGGUGGCAAUCCAAGCCUUCCUUGCAUCACUGUGUUCUGGGGCGCUCUACUACGACCUCAUAGUUAAUCCCCCCCGAACCUAUGAGAAGGCCAUCACCAGAGCUAAACAUCAUGCAGACGCCACCGAAGCCAACAUGGCAAAGAGACGUGAUGAGCAGCCGGCCAAUCGGGACAGAGGCCAUGAUCAAAGGAAAAAUAAACCACCGUUCAAACACGUCAAACAACACAAUCGACCAGAUGACGUACCACGUUUCACUCCGUUGAACAGACCCCUGGUGGAAGUUUUGCAGUUUGCCGAGCAAUGCAACCUGAUCCACCCGCCGGAGCCGGUACCUGAGGGGGAGGACAAGAGCAAGUAUUGUGCUUUCCACAGAGUCAAGGGACACAAUACUUCGGAGUGCAUGGCCUUCCACAGAGUCAAGGGACACAAUACUUCGGAGUGCAUGGCCUUGCGCAGAGUCAAGGGACACAAUACUUCGGAGUGCAUGGCCUUGCGCAUGCUCAUUGAACAACUCAUUCAGAAUGGAGAGUUGGGGCAAUUUGUGAUGAAGGGGGAUAGAAACAAAGGAAAAACGGAGAUGAAUGUGUGGAAAAGGAAUCCCGAAAAGAACAACAAGGCAUUCGUCCCACCCGGGUCAGCUGACGAGAAGGCGGUCGGAAAAAAACCAGUGAUCCACGUCAUCUACGGGGGCCCUGAAGGAGGUGAUUCUUCGCACCAAAGGAAGUAG